AUGUUUCUGCUUGACGUGGUCUGUGUGCCGCUCCUGCAUGCAGGGAGCUCAGGCAAGCUCAGAAGUCCCGACAUGGGUAGAAUGACCUAUGAUGAUGUGCAUGAGAACUUCACUCAGGAAGAGUGGGCUUUGCUGGAUCCUUCUCAGAAGAAUCUCCACAAAGAAGUGAUACUGGAGAUCUAUAGGAAUCUUGUUGCUAUAGGCAUAAAAGAAGUCAUACUGAAGAGAAACCCUCUGAGUUUAUUCAACGUGGUAAAGCCUUUGCAUCUCAGAGUUAUAACCAAAGACAAGAAAGAAUUCAUACCAAAGAGUAACUUUAUCAAGGUAUCCAACAUUGUGAAGCCUUUGCAUAUCACAGUAGCCUCAAAAUACAUAAAACAACACUUACUGGAGCUAAAUCCUAUGAGUGUAACCAAUGUGGUAAAGACUGUAUCUCACAGUUCUCUUCAAAGGCAUAAAAAAGUUCAUAAAGGAGAGAAACCUUAUGAAUGUAAUCAUUAUCUUCAAAAACAUAAAAGAACACAUACUGGAGAGAAACCCCUCGAAUGUAACCAAUGUGAUAAAGCUUUCACAGGAAAUAGUCACCUCCUAAGACAUAAAAGAAUAAAUACUGAUGAGAAUCCCCAUGAGUGUAACCAAUGUGGUAAAGAUUUUGCAUGCCACAAUUCUCUUCAAAAGUUCACCACAGGAGAGAAAUCUUACAAAUGUAAUCAUUGUGGUAAAGGCUUUGCAUGUCAAAGUGGUCUCCUGUAUCAUAAAAGAACACAUACUUGA